AUGGCAUCCAACGGCCCAACGGUCACCGAUCAAUCUGCAAAUCAAGAACGCUCUCUGCAAGAAUACCUCACCAGCAACAAAACUGUCCAGAUCUACGUGGGCCCUGAGCGCAAGCUAUGGUUUCUGAACGAGGAGUUGCUCUGUGACCGCGUCCCAUUCUUCAAGGGUGCUUUCAAGAGUGGCUGGAAGGAGGGAAAGUCAAAGGUCAUGGAGUUGCCCGACGACGACCCGGAGGCAUUCGGACACUUUGUUGAUUGGGUCUACACCGAGGUGUUAAAAUGCAAAUUAUGUGCACCACUGCCACCUGGUCAUUGGAAUGAGCCUUAUACUCCUUCACACGUCGACGCUGCGCAUGAACUCCAGUGGCUGAAACUUUGGGUUCUUGCCGAUAAGAUGAAUCUGACCGAACUGGGAGACUCUGCUCUGGACAUGCACUUACGUUGUCUAUCUGGCCACGAUUUGGUCAUUUCUCCUGAGGCGGUUUCUCUGGCGUGUGGAAACCCGGCUGGGGAUGGGAAAUUGAGGAAGCAUUUGGUGGAAGGGAUGAUGAUGAGUGGCAUGUACCAAUUGCCGCCAUCUGACGGGCGUUCCAACGGCCUGGGCGUGGGUGUUUUUGCCAACGCAUCGUUCAACCGGGAGCUUAUUGAUACAAUUCUGCACCACUUGCAGAUUCCCAAAACCGAAAUGUGUCCUUACCGCCAUUGCCCUAUUCAUGAUCUUAAACAAGGCUAG